AGCCGGAGCAGCUCACUCGCCGCCGGAGCCCGGAGCCAGGCCCAGCCAGUUGGAGGCCGACUACGGUGCCUGCCAAGGGCUAAAAAGCUCCUUGCCGGGGGUGUGGCCUCGCCGGGGGUGGGCGGGGCUCCUAGGCUCGCAGAGCGCGGUGGCGAGCGCCGUGGCCGCGUGCAGGACGCUGCGCGCCGCUGGGAAGGUGGAAUCCGCGGCUCCCUGCUGGCGCGGCUGUCCUCACCCUAGCUGGCACCCCUGCCACCUCGGCUGCACAGCGUGCCCACACCUCGAGACUUUGUGAGCAGGGAUUGUUCACACUUCUGCUGUGGUCGGUUCCGAUGGCUGGUAAUAAAGGAAGAGGACGUGCUGCCUACACCUUCAAUAUUGAGGCUGUUGGCUUCAGCCGAGGGGAAAAGUUGCCUGAUGUCGUGUUGAAGCCUCCUCCGCUGUUCCCUGACACAGAUUACAAGCCAGUGCCCCUGAAAACAGGAGAAGAUGAAGAUUACAUGCUGGCCUUGAAGCAGGAGCUGAGAGAGACGGUGAAGCGAAUGCCUUAUUUUAUUGAGACCCCUGAAGAGAAACAAGAUGAUAUUGAGAGGUAUAGUAAAAGAUAUAUGAAGGUAUACAAAGAAGAAUGGAUUCCAGACUGGAGGAGACUUCCAAGAGAGAUGAUGCCAAGGAAAAAGUGCAAAAAAGCGGAUCCGAAAUCCAAAACGGCCAAACCUGCAGACAGAGGUCCUUCACUCACUAAUUCUGCAGAUGUGUUGAAAAAAAUUGAGGAAUUAGAACAGAGAGGGGACGGUGAGAAGUCGGAUGAAGAAAACGAAGAGAAGGAAGGGAGCAAAGAGAAGAACAAAGACGGUGAUGGUGAUGAUGACGAUGAUGACGCAGAGCAAGAGGAGUAUGAUGAAGAGGAACAAGAGGAGGAAAAUGACUACAUUAACUCCUACUUCGAGGAUGGAGAUGAUUUCGGUGCAGACAGUGAUGAUAACAUGGAUGAAGCGACCUACUAGCCAUGGACUUUCUCUCUCUUGUUCAUACAGCUUCAAGCAAUUGGAUCGGCUUACUUUAUUUCUGAUAAGGAUUAAGUCCAUAUUUUCUGUUGUUCAGUGUUUCAUUUGACAAAGUCUCACCAAGCUCUUCAGAAGCACUUGGCGUUUACACACGAGACCUUACCCCAGCACCUCCACCGCCCCUCUCAAUAUGUAGUGGAGUUGCAGGGUUCUUUGGUCUUUAUUUGGACUUGAACGUGCCUGAAGAGUUUUAGCAUCACUCAGUGUGUUCAUACUUGAAAAAGAUCACUCUUGCUUACCUGCUGGCCUUUGGUAAAGCUGUUACUAGUCAUGGUGGAUUUCUAUUGAUACUGCACGUGGAGCACUUUAAAAACAAACUGGAAAAUAAUCUCUUACCUGAUAUGUUCUGUAUUAUCACGCUGUGACUGCAUAGACUCACCUGAGUUCUUAACAAGUGCAGACUCGGGAUGAGGGCUGGGUGGUAAGAAACACGGCGAAAUAGUGAUAGCGAUGAAAUAACUUUCAGUUUACAUCUCAGCCAAAACAGGGACUUUCACGUGGAUGGAAGGUUGUAAAAUGCUUGGCUUUGGGGAUCACUCCAUGCCUUACAGUGUGUGAAUUAAUGAUUCCACUGUAUUAAGUUUGACAUCUUCAGUUUGUUGGGUUUAUGGGAAAAAAAUAACUAAGACGUACUGUUUAAUUCUCCACUUUAUGUAAGUGGAAAUAAGUCCUGGUUGUAUAAACUUCAUGAUAAAAUGGUGUUUGUGAAUAUGGUGAAGGGCGGUGCCCUCGGUUAUAUUCCACAAGAUUCAGAAACUGCAAGUCAAUAAUAGAAUCAUGGGAAAUGAACUCAGGUCAUUUUGAAAUUA